AAUUACCCUCUGAAAUACAAACGUGUGUGUGUGUAAAGUACAUGUGUAAAGUAAUAAAGACUCACUAAAGAUGAAUCAUUAACUGAAAUUCUGAUAGCGCAUAUACUGUAAUUGCUCUGCGGUGGAGACAAAAGUGUCCAAGCAGGUGAGCUGAGAGCAGCAAACUAAGAUUUAUCUAUUUUGUUUUUUAUAAAGUCGACCAUGUUUAAACUUUUUGGGCUCAGCUUUGUGGUUCUGCUUGCAUCGGGGAGGGCAGUAACAGUGGAAAGAGCGGAGUACGAUUACUUCAAAUACCAUCCCAUGGAAGAGAUCAGUAACUGGAUGACUCAAAUGGAGAAGGAUCACCCCGAUGUCAUGACCAUAGUGGAUUAUGGGAAGACUUAUGAAAAGAGGACAAUUAAGCUGCUGAAGAUCGGCCUGAAAACUGAUACAAAAAAGAAGGCUGUCUGGAUGGACUGUGGGAUUCAUGCCAGAGAAUGGAUCGCUCCAGCUUUUUGUCAGUACUUUGUCAAACAGAUUCUCCAAACAUACAAAACCGACACAAAAAUGGAGGAGAUGAUGAGGAACAUGGACUUCUAUGUCACGCCGGUGCUCAACAUCGACGGCUACGUCUACUCCUGGAAGGACAACACCACUCGACUGUGGAGGAAGAACAGGUCACCUGGACCUUCAAGCGGAUGUUACGGCGUUGAUCUCAACCGUAACUUUGAUUCUAACUGGGGCACCGUGGGAGUAUCCUUUGACUGCAAUGCAACCACCUACUGUGGAACUCAGCCCAUAUCCGAACCUGAGGCCCAGGCCGUAACGUACUUUUUGGGAACUCGAAUAGACGACUUCCUGUGUUUCCUCACCAUCCACUCUUACGGCCAGUUACUACUAGUUCCCUUUGGAAACCCCAACUUCACUGCCUCCAACUACGAUGAGCUGAUGGAAGUAGGACAGGGAGCAGCUGAAGCCAUUCGGAAGGUCCACGGACAAAUCUACAGAGUGGGAUCAUCCCCGGACAUUUUAUACCCCAACUCUGGUUCAUCCAGGGACUGGGCCCGAAUCCAGGGCAUCCCUAUGACCUACACCUUUGAGCUGAGGGAUAAUGGGACACUCGGCUUCCUGCUUCCUGAGGACCAGAUCCAGCCGACCUGCGAGGAGGCCUACAGCGGCGCUCUGCACAUCAUCACUUACACCCACGACAAGACCUUUAAUGGUGCCAUAGCGGUUACUGGGGCUACACUGUGGAGCAUGCUGCUAGCUGUGGGGGUCACCAGAGUCACCAUGUGAGAUGUGACCACUUAAAAUAAUUUGUUUAUUUGUGACUUUUAAAAAAGUUCAGAUAGAAAAAAAUAUAUACACUUUAAGAGAUAUGGCAAAGUAUAAAUAAUAAAUCAAAUAUUUGCAGCUCUAACUUAUUUAGAUUUCAUAAAUAAACUAGUAGAAAUGUUUAUCUGAGAUUUAUAAGGGAUGGUUGAAACAUUUAGCAGUGAAAUCAUCUGGAAAGAUAAUUAAUAACUAAUAUUUUAUUUGUUGUAGAUCAACAACCUCAGAUUAGAGAAACAGAGAUUAGCUCAUACAAAUUAUUGUUUUGGUACCCGCUGUUGCUUUUUAAAUAAAUAGUAAAUUGGGCAAGCUAAGUGCUAUGUUUACCGCCUUCUUAACAUAACUGAUCUCGAUAUUUUGAUUAGAUUAAAUGGUUAAAAAUAAAAACUUGUUAAGUGUUAGCAACCAAGCUAGCUAGUCCAUAAUAUUUAGGCAGAAGUAAUCAUGUGAUUCUAAAUUGCUGAUAAUUGGAGGUUUUUUCACAAUUAGCAUGAAGUACUUUGUAUUAUUUAAGAUGGCGUGAGCCCACCUCCAAACUGGCCCGAGUAUGACUAACCGUUAGCCUGUCAAUCUGAGUAGAAUUUGUUUAUUUGUCCAAAAUGAGGUUCACUUUGAUUUUUAGUGAGAAGCAUUUUAUUGGAUGACUUUGAAGAAAAUAAUGCUUAUGGAGCUUCAAGCAGAAACUGAUGCUUUUCUGUUAAAAAUGACUAAUUUAAUUACAAAUAUAUUUUUUAAAUAUCUACUCUUGGAGCUGAUCUACAUCUGAUUCACUAUAUUGAUUUAAUGACAUUUGAAUAAAAGUUCUGCUAGUGUUG